GUGGCUGUCGGAUGGAUGUGAUUGUGCGGUGUUGUCGCGAUAGUUUCCCGCCGUUUCGUGGCUUAUUUGUGAUGUCUGGCUUUUUAUAAUGUCAUCAACCAAGUCCGGUCGCUGUGGUAGCCACGAAGCUAAGCCAGGGCCAGCGCUACUAGACAAGGGGCGGAAUUUCAGCGACAAAAUACAGGCUCUGAAACACAUCGACACCUUCUACAACCAGGCCCCACCUGGUCUAAUUCAGGAGGAAAAGGAGAAUCCUGAAGACUGUAUUCCUGACUUGCCCGAGAAUAAACAUGCGCGAGAGUUCCUGUCAAAGGCACCUACGAAGGGUCUAUGGAUGCCCCUGGGAAAAGAAGUUAAAGUAAUGAAAUGUUGGAGGUGCAAAGCCUACGGACAUAGGACAGGGGACAGGGAGUGUCCAUUGUUCCUCAGUGGAAACUCUUCAAGCGAGAAGUUUAGAUUUGUGCACGAAGAUCCGAUGCACGAGUUCGUGAAAGAAAGCAAAGCGACCGAAAAGCAGGAACGUAUUCGCCAGCUACAGGCACUUCUUGAGGAAUCGUCGGAUUCAGACAGCAGCUCAAGCUCUUCAAGCAGCGGUAGCUCCCCGGGAGAAUCGAGAAAGCGGCACCACAAGCACAGCCACUCAAAACACGAGCCCAGAAAAAAGCAUCAUCGCAAACCGAGGAAGAAGCAUCGAAGAAAGUGAACGCUGCCACGUAGUACUUCCCUUUGUCGCAUUCAUAAUUGCCUUAUAUGUAUUAUAUCAUGCCUACCCAAUUAAAUAUUUCGUAUCAUGCAGA